CCGCGACUCGCUGCUGAGAUGCUGUGUUGCCUCCGCACGCAGUUCUUCCCCGUAACACCAUUAAGUUGACCGACGAAAACACGACGCCGGUCGCGGAUCACACGGGCCAUGAGCCACCAACCCUCAGACUUCUCGAAUGGAGACAGGCGAAACUUUGACAUGUCGUCACAUGUACAGAAAAUGGCUCGCAAAGCUAUCCAAAAAGUUGUUGGAAAUCCUCCGCUCAAAAAGGAUAACGCUAUUAUGAUGGAGGCAGCUUCAAGCGAGUGCUCGGAAUAUUCGGAGCUGGAGGAGUUGGAGGCGCCGCCGAGUUACAGACCAGACAGUUUGGAGGCCUUAUGCAAAGCGACCCGCUUUUCGGAGCCAGAGUUGAAGAGGAUAUACCGCGGCUUCAAGGCCGAGUGUCCGUCGGGGGUUGUCCGAGAGGACACUUUCAAGGGCAUUUACUCACAGUUCUUCCCUCAAGGAGCCAACACCAGUCAAUACGCACAUUAUGUAUUCAACACGCUGGACCACGACCACAGUGGGCUGCUUAGUUUUGAGGAUUUUGUCCUCGGUUUGUCCACCCUGUCCCGCGGGUCUUUGGAAGAAAAGCUACGAUGGACUUUCGGACUGUACGACAUCAACGGAGACGGUUGCAUUACAAGAGAGGAGAUGACGGACAUUGUGACUGCAGUCUACGAUCUCAUGGGAAAGUUUACAGAUCCUUUUGUCGAUGACGCUGUGAUCAAAGACAAAGUCGAUAGGAUAUUCCAGAAAAUGGACCAGAAUCAUGACGGUGUGGUCACCUUGGACGAGUUCCUGACGUGCUGCACCCAAGACGAUGCUAUUUCCCAUUCCAUGUGUGUUUUUGACUCAUCCAUCUGACCCACGUGUUUGAUGACCCGAUCAUCCACUUGGUGACUUUUUACAUGUUCACAGCGUGAAAUUUUUGGAAAACGAGUUUGUCUUCUCUCGCGUACGUUUUCUCAAAAUAACUCACUUGACCGUGUGUACUUUUAACAAAGAGAGAGAACUUUUGUGCCGACUGCUGUACCCGUGUGCUUUACUACACAAAAUAUUUAUUAGUGAAUUUUUUGAAUGUGCAUGGAAGGAAAUUUGAAAAUGGCCAAGUUGUACCCUUACAUACAUACAUAUUAUAUUGUAAAUGUUAAAUAUUUACUGUAUUAUUGAUUGAAUUAAAUUAAUUAACAUCAUUAUGUGUCGAUUGAAAUUUCGCCACGUCCUGUUAACAAAAAGAAUACAUUGUAUUUCUACUUGUAAGGCAAUAUUCCUACAAAAAAUAUACACAUGCCACUUUAAAGUUUCUUUAAACAGACGUUGUUUCAUUUUUGAGCCCUGAUUUUUAUCCCCAUGUGUGGAAUAAUUUGG